AUGGCUGAUACAGCUAAGUACCUAACAGAGCUGAAGAGCCUUCUUUCCAUUCUCCAAGGACGAAGAACAAUGGUAUUCGCAUAUGGCUUCAUGUUCGCAUUCAUCGCUUGCAACAUCUUCCUCAUCUUCAAUCCCAACGAUGGUUCUUCGCCACCUUGGGUCAAUCGCAUUUUCACAAAUUCGACUUCAAAUUCGACUUCUUACAAAUCCCAAUUCUCUUCAAUCUACUCUUACUUCUUCCCCAACAACCUGACUUCCAUAGUAGAGAAUUCCAAUUCCAGUAAAGAGAACAAGUUCGGAAUGGAAUGGGAAUUCAUGGCGCCGAAUGGAACAGCGAGGGAGACGCUUCGAUUGGAUUUGAUUGAGGAUCGUCUCCGGAAUACAAGAAUGCAGAUCUUGUUGUCCUCAAUACAGGACAUUGGUGGACUCAUGAGAAGACUAUUAAGGGAACUGCGACAAGUUCUUCCAAUGGGGAUAAAUGUUUCAACAAUGAUCAAGAAUGCUUCUCUAAUGAUGUUGGACACUUUUGUUGAUUCCAUAUUUCGAUUCGUCGUCGAUCAACCUAUGGUCCCAUCGCUGAGCAAUUUUGCACCGGUAGAAGAAAUCGGACGAGCGGUCCAGAUUUCAAGUAUUGAAGGGGAUAUUCCAAUCGAUUUUCCUGAGGGCAUUUACAUCAGAAACGGUCCAAAUCCCCUCUUUGGAUCUUUAAAAUCAACGGUUUCGAUCUUGGGAAGAUCAAGUGAAACUUGGAUUGAAGGAGAAGGGAUGCUACAUGCUGUAUACUUUAGGAAAGACAAUCAAGGAAAGUGGACUGUGUCCUACAAGAACAGAUACGUUGAAUCAGAGACGUACAAGCUUGAGAAAGAGCGGAAGAGGCCCUCUUUUCUUCCUGCAAUUGAAGGGGAUUCUCCAGCAAUCCUAGCCGCUUAUUUACUAAAUCAUUUGAGAUUUGGGAAAGUAAACAAGUACAUUAGCAACACCAAUGUCUUCGAACACUCUGGGAAAUUCUAUACAGUUUCUGAGAAUCACAUUCCGCAAGAAUUCGACAUCGCUACCCUAAAAACACUUGAUAAUUGGGACGCUGAUGGAGCUUGGGAUCGACCGUUCACCAGCCAUCCUAAGAGAAUUCCAGGAAGUGGGGAGCUAGUUAUCAUGGGGGUUGAUGUAAAGAAGCCAUUUUUUGUUUUGGGAGUUAUAUCAGCUGAUGGGAAGAGAUUGUCUCACAAGGUGGAUCUCAAGUUCAAGAGAAGCACCCUUUGCCAUGAAAUAGGCGUUACAGAACAGUACAACGUAAUCAUGGAUUUUCCACUUACCAUGGAUGUAAUUAGGCUCGUUCAAGGAGGCCCAUUGAUCAAGUAUGACAAAGAAGGGUAUGCCAGGAUUGGAGUGAUGCCCCGCUAUGGAGAUGGCGAUUCAAUCAAGUGGUUUGAAGUGGAGCCCCACUGCACAUUUCACAUUCUUAAUUGUUUCGAAGAAGCAAAUGAGGUUGUGGUGCGGGGUUGUCGUGCUUUGGGGUCCAUCAUACCGGGCCCUGACAUGGGCCACAACAAAUUUGAAUGGUUCUCAAGAGGAUUCAAGCCUAUCGUUACAAGUCAGGAGAACCUCGAUCAUUCUGCAGAAGAUGGAUUAUUUUUCUCGCGUGUGUAUGAAUGGAGAUUAAACAUGGAAAGCAGGGAUGUUAAAGAGAAGAAUCUCACAGACACCAACUUCUCCAUGGAUUUCCCUAUGAUCAAUGAUAAUUUUAAUGGUUUAAGGAAUGAAUAUGGGUAUACCCAAGUCAUCGACUCCGAUGCAAGCUGUACAUGUGGUUUGCCGAAGUAUGGAAAGCUAGCCAAAUUAUACUUUGAAGAAAAUGAAAACAGGUUUUAUAAGGAGGAGAGAGAUUGUGAAGAGCAGAUCAAGGUGGAGUAUCAUACACUUGAGGAAAACCAGUUCUGCUCAGGAGCUUCCUUUAUCUCGAGGCAUGGAGGUUGCAAGGAAGACGAUGGUUGGAUAAUCUCUUUUGUUCAUAAUGAAGACACUAACAUAUCUCAAGUCCAUAUAAUCGACACGAGGAAGUUUGAAUGUGGCCCAGUCGCCAAAAUAACACUGCCACAAAGGGUGCCAUAUGGUUUUCAUGGAACUUUUAUCUCAAAACCAGCUCAAUGUUGGUAA